ACCAGCUGAUGGUACGAAAUAGCGGAAAACUCGAUUAUUAGCGGCGUGAUCGCGAUAGAGAGUGGAAGGGUUUUCAUGUGAGUGUUUCAGAGGAUUUUAGUGACAUUGUCCGUCUAACUGUACCUGAAAAAUCAUGGAUCCAAUCAGUGCCAGUUGCUUCAGUUUACAUGCUGAAGAAAACGCUCGAGCAAUAAUCGAAGAGAAGAAACAAGAUGAAAAAUUUCACGAAAUCAUCGUCAGUUGUAGGUCUCUGAGCCACUACGAUGGGAGAACAAUUAAAACAUUGCUACCUCAAAUUUUUGCAACAGUAUUGUCCGCUUCGUUCCACAUAGUGGUUGGAAUUUCUUUGGCAUUUUCCGGUAUUCUUUUACCGCAACUUGACGACGAAAAAUUCCCUAUUACGCCGCAGCAGAGACCAUGGUUAGCAAGUGUGAUAGUUUUGGUUGUGCCACUUGGUGCCAUUGCUGGUGGUUUCAUAAUGGAUGCUAUAGGGAGACUGAAUACUGUUAAGUUGGCAGCAAUACCGGGAGUUUUCGGAUGGACGAUAAUCGCCAUGGCUACCAACUUCCAUAUGUUGAUUAUCGGCCGGCUUUUGACAGGAUUGGCGUCAGCUUUGGGGACCAGUCCUGCUAUUGUCUACCUUACAGAAAUCGCAAGAGCCGACAUGCGAGGCUCAUUGAUCUCCUUUGCGCCGGCAUAUGCGUCCCUAGGUAUGGUACUUACAUUUUUGAAAGGUUGGUUCUUCAGUUGGCGUGUGGUCGCAUGGACUUGUCUCGGCUACACUGUAGUUCCUUGUAUUUUAUUAAUGUUCAUACCCGAAAGUCCCGCAUGGUUGGUAUCAAAAGGAAAAAUUGAACAAGCAAGUAAAUCCCUGGCUUGGAUCAACAAGUACCAACCACAACCCGAAAACAAACCACAAACUUUAGCCGAAAUGCAAUUGGCACAACUGCAAAAAGAACACCAAAAGAAACUAGAUGAGGCGGCUUUACACGGCCGGGGGGCGGCCUACAAAGCUAGGGCUUUUCUCAAACCCACAGGAUAUAAACCGUUACUCAUCCUGAUUGGUCUAUUCUUGUGUCAGCAAUUUGCGGGGAUUUACAUCACUUUAUUCCACUCGGUCGAGUUUUUCCAGGCUGUUGGUAGUCCUGUCAACGCGUACCUGGCCUCGGUCCUCAUCAGCACCGUGCGCCUCUUCAUGUCAGUCCUCGACACGUACCUCCUUCGCACCUUCAGUCGGCGCCCCCUUAUCAUGCUCAGUGGCUUCAGCAUGGCCACUUGUAUGUUUUUUUCGGGGCUAUUCACUAAAUGGAUCAUCGAGGGGACCACUGACGCCAAUUGGGUCCCCGUUGCCUUCCUUUUAUUGUACGUCAUAGCGUCGAUGUUGGGGCUUUUACCCAUUCCGUGGACGAUGACAGCCGAACUAUUCCCGAUUGAAAUUCGGGGGGUGGCCCACAGUAUCGCAUACAGUAGUGCCAACAUUCUCAUGUUUGCGGCCGUUCAGUGCUACGAAACUCUAAUGACUUCGUUUAAUGGGGCUGCCGGAAUACAAUUUUUCUUUGCUGUGAUUUCCAUUAUUGCGGUGAUUUACACUUUUGUGUUUGUUCCGGAAACGCACCGGAAGAAAUUGACGGAAAUUGAGGAGUAUUUCAACCAUAACUUGAUUUAUUUGGGACAAAAACCCAAGAAAGGAGGGAAAAAGGAGAAAAGUAGAAACAAGGAACAAACGGAGAAAUUGAUGAAUGUUUGAAUCUCGAGUAUUAUUAGUUGUAAGGAAAAUGCUGAUAUUUUUGUAAGGAAUUUUACGAACUGUGCUUUAUGAAGACAAUUAGUGUGUUAGAGACAAAUCUUGUGAUAUUGUAUAACAAAUAUUACAAUAAAAUUAUUUAAAUUGA